AUGGCGCACGGCGGUUACACUUUCUGCGCUUUCGCGUCUUUGGUUAUUCUCGGGGCGGGCCAGAGAGCAGACCUGGAGGGGCUCCGUCACUGGCUUUGCGCUCGACAGAUGCGCGCGGNACUGUGGCAGGCAGACAAACGGAGAGGCGCUGGGUUCCAGGGGCGAACCAACAAGCUAGUGGACGGCUGCUACUCCUUCUGGCAGGGCGGGGCCGUGGCCAUCCUCGACUACGUUACCGCAGGCCGCGAAAGCGAGGUGAGCCACCGAGACUCAUCCGGGCGUCUGUUGGUGGCAACGACAAGGGCGACCGCACCGCCACAGCAGCAGCACACUAACGGGGACGUCUCCAGAAGAGAAGAAACAUCAAUCGGCGGAGACGGUAACGGGGGACAGGGUUUGCAAGACACGGAGCCCCCAAAGGUGGGGGUAAGGGCGGAGGAAAGCGCGGUGGGAACCGUCGAGGGGGGAGGGGACGGCGUGCGAGAGAUGGAAAACCUGGAGGUCGAGGGGGAGGGGGGAGGGGACGGAUUACGAGAGGUGGAGAUCCUGGAGGUCGGGGCGGACGAGGACGGGGACGGGUUGGUGUUCUCGAGGAAGAGGCUCCAGGAGUACGUGCUCAUGUGCUCGCAGCAGUCGGACGGCGGCUUGAGGGACAAGCCCGGGAAGCCGAGAGAUUUCUACCACACGUGCUACACCCUCAGCGGAUUGUCCGUCGCGCAGCACUGCCUUUCAAGCAGCCCGACGGUCGUAGGGAAUUCUUCCAAUUUGCUGAGACCGACCAAUCCCGUCUACAACAUCGCGGAUGAUAAGGUUUUGAGAGCGAUAUAUUAUUUCCAGGCGUUGCCGUCCGACCACGCCACGCUUACGGGGCAAACACGGGCUUGAUCUUUUUUCGGGGGCACGAUGGACAAGAUCCGUGCUCUCUGUAUGUAUUUUUAUUAGUAGCGUCGACCGCGCUAACCGGCUGAUGAGUGAACAGACGUCGGUCUCACUGCGACUGAAAACACAGUGCUUGCAAAGGCCAUGAGCUGGGACCCCGUGGGGGGCGUCAUGUUUGUGUUUGUGUUGUUAGCAUCGACCGCACCACACCAGUAGUAGCAGAUGCAGCCUUGUGGAUGAAGGAACACCCCCAAGUCUCGGCGGGGGGGACACGAAACUCCCAACAAAACAACCCACACUUUUCUGUGCCGUUGUGGCUGCUGUGUGUGCUCUGCGUAAGAUCAAGGUGGGGGGAGGGGGGCAAAGUUCGCGCACCGCGCUGAAUGCGAAUGCCGAAACUAAUCUAUCUGCGUGUGUGCGUUUGUGUCGGUGUUUCUGUAGUUUUGAAUCGACCGCGUUAACCAAUGAAAGUUGGCCUCAGUUAUUGCGGACGGGUGUGCGUGCGUCAUGGUGUACAGUUAUUGUAAGAGAAAUGGCGCUGAACAUUGCUUAAUUAGUAGUUUUUGGACUCCAAGGGAAGAUGUUUGUAUGUGUCGCUUCCGCCGCGCCGCCUCUUGGUGCGGGCUGUUUUUUUUUUUUUGCUUGUUUUCGCCGAAGUGCUUCGUUGACUAGUUGUUGUUCUUUUUUUUGCGACGAACUAAAAAGGCACCGAUCGUGUGUUAAUCAGUCAUCGUUGGCUGUUGCCGGGGAUUUGAUCUAUGUGAAUGACCAAACAACUUGGUUGAUUGUGAAGUAUUGGUUAACCAAUCCUGUUCGGAGAGUCGAGUCUUGUGUGUCUCCUCGGUAUUGCUCCAGAACAAAGAGUGAGUGUAGUGCCGCAAGCCUUCUUCUGCGUCUCGUGCGCGUUGCUAAGUUCUUCGAAGACCUUCGCUUGCCUUCUUCCCCGGCUCUCGGUUUCCCCGCGAACGGCACGACACAGCUGGUGGUGGUGGCAUGGCCGAAUUGGGACCGCGCCCAAGUGGGCGGAGACCUCUGUACAGCCCGUGGG